CUAGCCUGAUCAGGACGGUUAGGAACAUUUUCUACAACAGGAUGCUGUAGCCUAUCAUGAUCAUGAAUUUCGCAUUAGAUAAUAUCUAAAUGUUAUCACUUCUUAAAUGAACUUUGAUUAUUAUUUCCUAUUUUAAGUAGGCCAUUGUUUUGUGUUGUCUCGUCUACAAUCACCUUCAAGAAAAACAACCGUGUUGAACUUGAGUUCAUUGAGUUGGACUUUCACUUUCGUUAUAGCGCGCGGGAAGUGUAGGAGUACGAUAUAAACUAUAGGUAUAGUGGGGCUGGUUUGUAAUUUCUCCCUGCAUUUGUUAUUCUUUUUAUUAACUUUAAUACACAGGUGAGCAAUAAUAAAUGUCACUUGCGCGAAAAUAGAUUAACAAAACUAGAAACUAUUCUGGCACCGCAUCAACCAUUCGCAUUCCACGCUCUCUUUUUCAUCAACCAAGUUUCGACAAUGGCAGCAAGUGAGCUCAAAGGGGUUCGUACACAGUUUGUUGAAAGGGUGUCGAAAGCCGUGAUGGACCAACUGUUGGACUACCUGGAGGACGAACGGGUGCUGAUCACAGCCGAAGUGGAGGAGAUCAAGGAGGAACACAGGCAGAGGGCGGAAAAGGCUCGUCACAUCAUAGACGCAGUGUUGAGGAAGGGUGACGCAGCCUGCGACAAGUUCCUUACGAGUUUCCAGACUAUAGACGGCACCCUUUACAAUGAACUUCAACUACGCCCUAGGCCCGUCUGAUGCCAUUGAGAGAAGCCAUAAACUAGGUAUGAGAUUGAACCUCGCAACAUGAUUGAAAUGCAAACCGUAUGUAGCUCUCCAUCCGAAUUCUGUUUGAGAAAUCAGUCUCUCCUCUGUAGGCCUGUCAAUCUGAAUAGGCCUUGGUUUACAGUCAUGGUGUCAUGACUGUCUUUCUGUCCCCCUCCCUUGUGGGUGUGUCUGUGUUUGUCUGUCAGAUUCCACGUGAGGGUCACAGCUCGUUUUGUCUUCGAUCAUUACCACCACCUGUUUUGUGUUACCCCGCUGAUUACCCUGUCUUUUUAAUGCCCUUUCUGUGUGCAGGUCCCUGUCAGGUCAUCUCAUGUUGCCCCCCCCAUCUUGUGUCUCGUGUUGGAAUGUCGGUUUUCCAAUAAAACCUUGGUUUGCAUUCAACUGCCUCUGACUCCUUGGAAUGCUACCUGACACAUGGACUAGCUUAGGCUAUUACACUACCAUACAUGCUCUUUAAUGUUUAUUGUGUUUUUGAAUGUUGGCCAUCAAUAUUUGUAAUAUUUGAAAUGAUUUGAAUAUUCAUGAAUCAUUUUACAUUCAUAAACAUUUUGAAUAAAGAACACACUUUUAUACUGA